AUUUUCACGUGUCAAUCUUUAUUUCUCUUUUUAUUUCUGAAGGAUCUUUACAGCAGGGCCCUCAGCGUUGAUGUGAAAAGAAAGGAAGAGUCAUAAAAGUUUCAUACCAGUGAAGUAUUUGGCAGAUGGUGUGGUCUUCUCAGAAAAGUAAGCAAACAGCUGCAGAAACUGAACUGCCGUAGUUGACCAUGUUUGUUAUUGUCCGCUCUAAAAAACGGGUAAAGCCAGUCAAGCGUAUCAUCAUUAAAGUAAAGAAAAGAAAAAAGAAGUCCAAGUCCACAAACACUGAAGGGCCCACUGGAGUUCCUUGUAGUGUUUCCACUGACUUUGAAGAGGUAGAAUCAGAUCUUGGAACUUCAGGAUCCGGGUCUUUCUAUUAUGAGAUCCCCCAUGAAUCACCCACAGUUCCCAAAAAGCCGACGCGUAUGAAAACUAAAUCAAGGGAAGAGGCCAUUUCUGAAUUCUAUGAUAUGCCAGCUGGGCCGUCAUCUUUUACAGACCCCGACCUGCUGACCAAAAGUGUUGAAAUAUAUAAAGAUGACAAGAUGGCGAUGGUUAGCUCUAAGCCCAUUGAAGCCAGUUCCCCAGUUCUUGCAAAGCAGGCCACACACAUCGAUGUAAAGGAAGAACAAAAGCCACAAAUGAGCAAGACUGAGCCCUCUGAGCUACCAAUCAUGGCAGGCCAAGCUGGCCCUCCAAGAAGGGCUAUGUCCAUUGCAGGGGAAACGGAGAUGGGCCCGGAAACGUCCAUGCCUUUGUCAUAUAUGAUUCCCAAUGGAGCCAAGGAGAUAUUAAAGAUAAAAAUAAAGAAAGAAAAAGACAAAGGGAUAACUGAGGCAGAAGCGUUUGAAAUUCCAGAGGACACUCAGCUUCCACUUGAUGGGACACACAUAAAGGUAAAACAAGAGAAAGAGCAAGGAGCAGCUCCAGCUGUCCAUGGUGAGAUGCCAACUGAUCAGUACAGGCAGUUUUUAGUGAAAGUCGAGAAAGAUGUAGAAAAGCUUGUGCCACUGCCAACUGAAAUUCCAUCCAAAGAUCCUACAAUGCGGGCCCAAUAUGUCAAAGUAAAAUCUGAGAAAGAGUCUGAAAUUCUACCAUCAGAUUUGGAUCUGACCGCUACAUUUGAUACCAAAGAUCCUGCAAAGAGGGCCCAGCUUGUAAAAUUUAAAUCAGAGGACGAGAAAUUUUUCAGAAUACCUCAUACAUCAUCCCCUGGUACACCUUUACAGCGUGCCCAUAGUGUAGUGUUAAGGUCAGAGGAAGCGAAAGAAUCGAUUCUUCACUAUUCCAAACCACCAGACGGAACUCCUGCCACAGGUCUUAUGAAGGAGCCCCCACAUUUAACCAUAAAAUCAGAGCCCGAGACCGAAGUGGCUGCAUUUCCGCCACCUCAAAGUGUUGUACUAAAAUCAGAUGAAGAAGCAGAGAAGCAAGAUGAACUUCCCUCCGCAGGCCCCUUGGAAUGGGUGCAACAUCAGCCAUCAUCACUAAAGAAAAAAAUUGGACCUGAUCAUUAUGGGAUGCUAAGUGAAGCUCCUUCUGAGCAGAUAACAAUAAAGUUCGAAAAGCCGAUGGAGCGCAGUGCUUCCAUAGGUUUGGUAAAAAGUGCUCAACAUAUGAUAUUAACAUCAGUAGAGCAAGCAGAAACUGUCAGGUCUGACCAGUAUCUGAUGUCUCCCAAGGGUCCAGGAAAGACUGACCAGCAUGCUAGAACACCAAAAGAGGUGUCCAAAAGUAAGAUGUCAGAAAUGGAUGUUAGACCUCCAACCAAAGACCCCACAGAACUGGCCCAACAUGUAAUUAUAAAGUCAGAGGAAAAUAUGGAAAUAUUGAAGAUGCCAGUAGAAGUUCCAUCAACUGAUUUGGCAAAGCCUGGUCAACCCAUAGUUAUGGAAUCAGAUGAAGAGAGUAAGCCAGAGAUAUCCACAGGAGUUUUCAGCAAAGGAUUCACAAUGUUGGCUCAACGUCUGUUUAGAUCAGAAUCUGAAAAGGAUACAUCUGAGAUUCCAGCAGCCGUUCUAACCAAAGUUCUUUUGAAGCAAGCUAAAGGGGUUCGAACAGAAUCUAAAGAAUUCCAGGAUGAUAGUACAUAUGAUAUUCAUUUAGGAUUUCCUUCUGAUGGUCCCGCAAAGAGGGCUCAACAUGUACACUCCAAAAUAAAGGAUGAAAAAGAUACAACUGAGACAGCUGAAGGAGUUCCAUAUAAUCGUUCUGCAAAACUUGCACAGAAUGAAGUAGCAAAACUGGAGGAAGACAGUAAGUUUGAGACACGGAUAUCAGUUCUCCCCAAAGGUAUCGCAAAGUGGGCUCAGCGUUUCUUUGGAUCGGAGGCAGAGUCAGAAGAAAGUACUUCCGAUGUGUCAGAAGGAAUUCCAACCCAAGGUUCAGCAAAACAAGCCGAAUAUGUAAUAACAGAAACCAAGGAUGAGCAGAAUGAUGACACAUCUGAAAUGUUCACAGGUGUUCCAAAUAGAGGUCCUGAAAAGUGGGUUCAACAUGUAGCAAUGGAAUCAAAGGAAGAAUUACUAAAAAAUAUAAACGAGAUGCCUGUAGGAGUUCAUUCCAAAGGUUAUAGAAAGCAAGGUAACCACGUAGUAGUAGAAUCAGGGGAUGAGCAGGAAGAUUUUGAGAUGGUAGUAGGAGUUCCAUCUAAAGGUCCUGCAAAACGAGCCAAAAGUGUAGUAAUAGAAUCUGAGGAAGAGCAGAAACAAAAAAGAUCUGAGAUGCCCGUAGGGUUUCCAUCUAAAGGCCUUGCAAAACGAUCCAAGAGUGUAGUAAUAAAAUCUGAGAAAGAGCAGGAAGAUGAGAGGUUUGAGAUGCCUGUAGGGUUUCCAUCUAAUGGUCUGGCAAAGCGAGCCAAAAGUGUAGUAAUAGAACCUGAGGAAGAAUUAUUAAGGAAUACUACUCGGGUACCUGUGGAAGUUCAUUCCAAAGGCCCCAGAAAGCAAGGUAAAUAUGUAAUAGUUGAAUCAGGGGAUGAGCAGGAAGAUUUUGAGAUGGUAGUAGGAGUUCCAUCUAAAGGUCCUGCAAAGCAAGCCAAACGUAUAGUAGUAGAGUCUGAGGAAAAAAAGGAAUAUAAUACAUCUGAGUGGCCUGUAGGUGUUCCAUCUAAAGGUCCUGCAAAACGAGCCAAAAGUGUAGUAAUAGAAUCUGAGGAAGAGCAGAAACAAAAAAGAUCUGAGAUGCUUGUAGUGUUUCCAUCUAAAGGUCCUGCAAAACGAUCCAAAAGUGUGGUAAUAAAAUCUGAGAAAGAGCAGGAAGAUGAGAGAUUUGAGUUGCCUGUGGGAUUUCCAUCUAAAGGUCCUGCAAAGCGAUCCAAAAGUGUAAGAAUAGAACCUGAGGAAGAAUUAUUAAAGAAUACUACUCGGGUACCUGUGGAAGUUCAUUCCAAAGGCCCCAGAAAGCAAGGUAAAUAUGUAAUAGUAGAAUCAGGGGAUGAGCAGGAAGAUUUCGAGAUGGUAGUGGGAGUUCCAUCUAAAGGUCCUGCAAAACAAGCCAAAUGUAUUGUAGUAGAAUCUGAGGAAAAAAAGGAAUAUAAUACAUCUGAGUGGCCUGUAGGGUUUCCAUCUAAAGAUCCUGCAAAACGAGCCAAAAGUGUAGUAAUAGAAUCUGAGGAAGACCGUGAAAAUAACAGGUAUGAGAUGUCCAUAGGAUUUCCAUCUAAAGGUCCUGCAAAACGAGCCAAACAUAUAGUAAUAGAAUCUGAGGAAGGGCAGGAAUAUAAUACAUCUGAGUGGCCUGUAGGUGUUCCAUCUAAAGGUCCUGCAAACCGAGCCAAAAGUAUAGUAGUAGAAUCUGAGGAAGACCGUGAAAAUAACAGGUAUGAGAUGUCCAUAGGAUUUCCAUCUAAAGGUCCUGCAAAACGAGCCAAACAUAUAGUAAUAGAAUCUGAGGAAGGGCAGGAAUAUAAUACAUCUGAGUGGCCUGUAGGUGUUCCAUCUAAAGGUCCUGCAAAACGAGCCAAAAGUAUAGUAAUAGAAUCUGAAGAAGACCAUGAAAAUAACAGAUAUGAGAUGCCCAUAGGUGUUCCAUCAAAAGGUCCUGCAAAACGAGCCAAACGUAUAUUAACCGAAUCUGAGGAAGAUCUUGAAGAUGAUAAAGAGUGGCCAGUAGGCUUUUCUUCUAAAGGUCCAGCAAAACGACCCAAACCUGUAGUAACAGAGUCGAAGGAAGAGAUUACAUCUGAGAUAUCUACCGACGCUUUUCCCAAAAAUGUUGCAAAGUGGGCUCAGCGUAUGCUGUUCGGAUCAGAGGCAGAGGUUCAGCAAAAUGAGUCCAAAGUGUAGUAAUCAAAUCAGAGGUAGACCCAGAAAAGCAGACUAGGGUUGUGAAAAUAAAGAAGAGAUGCCUGAAAUGCCUGAGGUGCAAUCGGGACUACCAGUGGAACCA